AUGCACGUCCACGCCAUGAGGACACAGACCCGGGCUGCCAGGAACAACGAUUCAGACGACACGUCCUUUUCUGCCGCUCACAUUAUUGCCGCGCUGCGUUUCUUUGCUGCCCUCCCGCUCCUCUGCAAGCUUGCUUCGUCUCUGCGUCUUCAAGUUGCACCCAACGGAGGCAACGCGUCCAGCCCGCUGCUGUACGGUCUUCUCUACGAGGAAAUCUAUCACUCGGGCGAUGGCGGACUCUACGGCGAGAUGAUCCGCAACCGUGCGUUCCAGGGCCGUCUGGUCCUGGACGGCGGGCCUGCUUCGAGAGAAACAGGGAGUUCUGGCAUCCGCCUCAUGUACCAGAUGCGCAUGGACGUACCCGAGGGCACUACAGGCCCCGUUGGUUUCUACAACGACGGGUUCUGGGGGUUCCACGUGGACGCGUCCAAGGAGUAUGCGGCGAGCUUCUAUCUGCGAUGCGACUAUGGCGGCGGCGUCGAGUGCUUCUUCACCAACACGCUCACGGGCGAGAAGCUGUCGUCCGCCAAGACGGAGGCCAGCCAAGACGCCUCCCAGGAAUGGGUCCAGCACCACCUCCCCACGUUCCAGCCCCUAACCAGCGCCAGCACGCCCAACAACACCUUCUCCUUUGUCUUUGAUGGAAGCCGGCUGGUGGGCCAGAGCGUAUACGUCAACCUGCUCAGCCUUUUCAAGAAGACCUGCCAGAACCGCGACAACGGGCUGAGGGAGGAUCUCGCCCAGACCUUGGCCGACCUCAAGGCCAGCUGGAUCUGUUGGAACGAGACCAUUGGGCCCCUGGAGGAGCGCGUUGGCAAGCUCGGUGUCUGGGGCAACAUUGAGACGCAAGGCUUCGGACUUGUCGAGCAGAUGCGUAUGGCCAGGUACAUGGACCUGACCGUUGUCCUGGGUAUUUUCAACGGUCUCUAUUUCAACGGCGACUUGAUUCCCGAGGAUGAGCUGCAGCCGUACAUGGACUCGGCCAUGGACUCGCUCGAGUUUUUGACAUACCCCGUCUUUGUGGGCGAGUACGCGUCCAUCCGCGAGGGCAGCGCCACGGGACCCGAGACUGGGGCGCAGACAUUUGGCAUGCCCUCCAGGGAGGCCAUCAUGCUGCUUGGCAUCGAGAGAAACUCGUACAUUAUCCUCGAGUUCGUGUACGGCGCGCUCAUCAAGCAGUACGACGAGAAUCCCAACACCGUCGCCGUCAUCAAGCACACGGCCAACGAGAUCCUGCGCUCCAUGAGCUACUACCUGCAGCAGCUGUCUGCCGCGCACGUUGGCACCGAUACGCUGCCCGCCAAGGCGACAGAGGGUGGGCUGGGCCCUGUCUGGUGGUCAGCCACCAAGGCGGGUCGGCGGACUGUCCUCAAGAUGGUCAACUACAAUGGUGGGACGGGCGCGGAGAAUUCGGUGAAGGUUCAGGUCAAGGGCUCGCGCGCCUGCACGACUGAGCUGACAGCCUUUACGGCGUAG